AGAUAUUAACCGAGAAUGUCUCAGAAGAAUAUCCUGUCGAAAUAUUUUCAAGCUGUUGCCUUGGUUUUUGUACUUUUUGGAUUAUGCCGUCUGCCAAAAGUGUUUGGCAUCAACCUGGCACGUAACCGACCAGCAGAGCAAGUUUCACGCUAUGGAAUAUCCUAUGCUGAGCAGGCAGUUGACGGCAGCCAUGCUGCAUAUAUUGGAUACUGCUCAGGAACUGCGCAUGGCGUCCCCUUCGAGUCCCACUUGUGGUGGCAGGUGGACCUGGAGUGUUCUCUGCAGGUGAUGGAGGUCAUCAUCACAAACAGAGACAGUUAUGGUGAACGGCUUCACGACUUUGACAUCCUCAUCUCUGACGACGUCACAAUGGAGUUUCGCAACGUCUGCAAGCACUAUAAUGGAAGUGUCCCUAGCCUUACCACCUUGACUGUACCCUGUGAGGAGCCGUUGACGGGACGCUACCUGAGGAUACAGGUGCCCUGGGUCAUCUCCGAAGAUAUGCUGGCGCUGUGUGAAGUUCAAGUCAUGGGGCUAGCCAAGAACAUGAAGUUUGUAAAGCAGGCAGCCACAAAAGUCAUUGCUACCAACACCCUGCAGACAAUGAGCUCGUCCAAACGUCAGUGUGCAGAUGCAUGUUUCGAGAGGUAUGAUUGCGUGGGGUUUAACUUCUCCCCCUCCUCUGAUGCGUGCGAACUUCUCCCGUCCUACGAUGCAGAUGACGCCGUCUCUGAUGACGACUGGAACCUCUACAACGUGGAAAUGGGGAACAACUUUUGCUCAUGCGACGAUAACUGACGUACAAACACUGUCCCAACAUUCUACAUGCCUAAACGGUGAUUGCGAAUAUACAAGACACUAUCCCAACAUUCUACAUGUACAUGUGUAAACGGUGAUUACUGAAAUACAAGACACUAUCCCAACAUUCUACAUGUACAUGUGUAAACGGUGAUUACUGAUACACAAAACACUAUCCCAACAUCCUACAUGUACAUGUGUAAACGGUGAUUACUGAUAUACAAGACACUAUCCCAACAUCCUACAUGUACAUGUGUAAACGGUGAUUACUGAUAUACAAGACACUAUCCCAACAUUCUACAUGUACAUGUGUAAACGGUGAUUACUGAUCUACAAGACACUAUCCCAACAUUCUACAUGUAUAUGUGUAAACGGUGAUUACUGACAUCAAAGACACUAUUCCAACAUUCUACUUGUACAUGUGUAAACGAUGAUUACUGAUACACAAGACACUAUCCCAACAUCCUACAUGUACAUGUGUAAACGGUGAUUACUGAUAUACAAGACACUAUCCCAACAUCCUACAUGUACAUGUGUAAACGGUGAUUACUGAUAUACAAGACACUGCCCCAACAUCAUACAUGUACAUGUGUAAACGGUGAUUACUGAUCUACAAGACCGUAUCCCAACAUUCUACAUGUACAUGUGUAAACGGUGAUUACUGAAAUACAAGACACUAUCCCAACAUUCUACAUGUACAUGUGUAAACGGUGAUUACUGAUACACAAAACACUAUCCCAACAUCCUACAUGUACAUGUGUAAACGGUGAUUACUGAUAUACAAGACACUAUCCCAACAUCCUACAUGUACAUGUGUAAACGGUGAUUACUGAUAUACAAGACACUAUCCCAACAUUCUACAUGUACAUGUGUAAAUGGUGAUUACUGAUCUACAAGACACUAUCCCAACAUUCUACUUGUAUAUGUGUAAACGGUGAUUACUGACAUCAAAGACACUAUCCCAACAUUCUACAUGUACAUGUGUAAACGGUGAUUACUGAUACACAAGACACUAUCCCAACAUCCUACAUGUACAUGUGUAAACGGUGAUUACUGAUAUACAAGACACUAUCCCAACAUCCUACAUGUACAUGUGUAAACGGUGAUUACUGAUAUACAAGACACUAUCCCAACAUUAUACAUGUACAUGUGUAAACGGUGAUUACUGAUCUACAAGACACUAUCCUGACAUCCUACAUGUACAUGUGUAAACGGUGAUUACUGAUAUACAAGACACUAUCCCAACAUCCUACAUGUACAUGUGUAAACGGUGAUUACUGAUAUACAAGACACUGCCCCAACAUCAUACAUGCACAUGUGUAAACGGUGAUUACUGAUCUACAAGACCGUAUCCCAACAUUCUACUUGUAUAUGUGUAAACGGUGAUUACUGAAAUACAAGACACUACCCCAACAUUCUACAUGUACAUGUGUAAACGGUGAUUACUGAUACACAACACUACCCCAAUAUUCUACAUGUACAUGUGUAAACGGUGAUUACUGAUACACAACACUAUCCCAACAUCCUACAUGUACAUGUGUAAACGAUGAUUACUAAUAUACAAGACACUAUCCCAACAUCCUACAUGUACAUGUGUAAACGGUGAUUACUGAUAUACAAGACACUAUCCCAACAUUCUACAUGUACAUGUGUAAACGGUGAUUACUGAUCUACAAGACCGUAUCCCAACAUUCUACUUGUAUAUGUGUAAACGGUGAUUACUGAUAUACAAGACACUAUCCCAACAUCCUACAUGUACAUGUGUAAACGAUGAUUACUGAUAUACAAGACACUAUCCCAACAUUCUACACGUACAUGAGUAAACGGUGAUUACUGAUAUACAACACUAUCCCAACAUUCUACAUGUACAUGUGUUAACGAUGAUUACUGAUACACAACACUAUCCCACCAUUCUACAUGUACAUGCCUAAACGGUGAUUACUGAUAUACAAGACACUAUCCCAACAUCCUACAUGGACAUGUGUAAACGGUGAUUACUGAUAUACAAGACACUACUCCAACAUCCUACAUGUACAUGUCUAAACGAUGAUUACUGAUCUACAAGAU